AUGGCACCAACAAAUGAAACCCAGUGGGCUCAGGAUAUUGCCAUUGUCGGCAUGUCCUGUCGAUUCGCCGACGACGCGGAUUCAUUUCCUCGAUUUUGGGACUUUAUUUGCAAGGGAAGAUCUGCCUAUUCGGAAAACAAGGAUAGAUGGAACCCGGAUGCAUUCCACUACCCAGGGAAAAAGACGAAUACAAGUUUACCUCGCGGUGCACAUUUCUUCAAAGAUGACAUCGCGGAAUUCGAUGCCAAUUUCUUCAACAUCUCCAAAGUCGAGGCUGAAUCGAUUGAUCCUCAGCAGCGCAUGGUGAUGGAAACAACAUUCGAAGCUAUAGAAAAUGCAGGAGUUACUAUCGAUAAAGUAGCAGGAACCCGCGCUGGUGUCUGGAUGGCCAAUUUUACUAGCGAUUAUCGUGAGAUGCUAUACCGAGAUUCAGAGGCAGCACCAAUGUAUACCCUGUCGGGCGCCAGCAACACAUCUACGUCAAACCGUGUAUCAUGGUUUUUUGACCUUAAAGGGCCAAGCUUCACCUUGAAUACUGCGUGCUCUUCAAGUAUGGUGGCCACCCACCUAGCUUGUCAGAGUCUUGCUCUGGGCGAAUCCAGCAGUGCGAUAGUUGGCGGGACAAGUCUCCUGCUGAACCCAGAUCUGUUCCUUUAUUUAUCAAAUCAACAUUUCUUAGCAUCCGAUGGAAAAUCUAAAGCAUUUGAUGCCAGCGGCGAUGGAUACGGGCGUGGAGAAGGCGUUGCUGUUGUUGUCCUGAAGCGUGUUGCAGACGCGAUAGCCGAUGGUGACCCUAUUCGAGCUGUGAUUCGGGGAACUGCCAUCAACCAAGACGGAAGAACAAAGGGAAUGACACUACCUAGCGCAGAUGCCCAAGUGCAAUUGAUCAAUGAUGCCUAUCGAAACGCAGGAUUAUUGAUGAAGGACACCCGAUAUGUCGAAGCUCAUGGAACAGGAACCCAGGCUGGUGACAAGUGUGAGACGGAGGCAUUAUCCCGAACGUUUAGCCCGCACCGUACUGCAUCCGAAAGACUCAUUCUUGGGUCUGUCAAGACCAACAUUGGACAUUUGGAGGCUUGUGCAGGUUUGGCAUCCAUGAUCAAAUGCGUUGGUAUUCUUGAAACCGGAGUGAUCCCUCCAAACCCAUUAUACAAAAACGGUAACCCGGGCAUAAAUUUCGACGAGUGGAAACUACAUGUUCCUAUUACCUCCAUACAAUGGCCGACCAGCGGUUUGCGGCGUGUCAGCACCCAAGGAUUUGGUUAUGGAGGAACUAAUGCCCAUAUAAUCAUGGAUGACGCUCACCACUAUUUGCUAUCCCGUGACCUUUCUGGAAUAUACAAUACACGUCUGCUCAACCUGACGAAUGGAACCACUCAACCACAACUGAAGAAGGCUCUCCAACCCAGAGUUUUCCAUUUCAGUGCCCAGGACAAGGACGGGCUUGGCAGAGUACGAGAUGCCACGUGCCAGUAUCUCAAGUCAAGUUCAUUGGAAGCCCGGGAAAUUCACUGGAGCGAAGAUAAAUACCUCAGAGACUUAGCUUAUACACUGUCUGAGAGACGUUCUCGGUUGCAAUGGCAGACAUUUGCAGUGGCCUCGUCUGUGGAAGGUUUGAUUGAAACGUUACAGACGAAGCCAUGGGCAAAUCCAGAGACACGGUCCGCCUCAAAAGCCCCUCGCAUAGGUUUCAUAUUCACUGGUCAAGGGGCUCAAUGGCCACGGAUGGGUGUUGAACUGAUGGAAUAUGAAAUUUUCCGAAACAGCGUGGAAAGAUCAGAUGCUUAUUUGCGUGAGGAGUUGGAUUGCUCCUGGUCUGCGAUCGACGAACUCGCCAAACCAGAUUCUUCGUCUAACCUUGGCGCGGCUGAAUACAGUCAAGCUCUCUGUUCUGUUCUUCAGAUUGCCCUAGUUGACCUGCUCACUAGCUGGAACAUCAGAGCAAGCGCAGUGGCCGGUCAUUCUAGUGGAGAGAUUGCGGCGGCCUAUUGCCUCGGGGUCCUCUCCUGGGAAGAUGCCUUGAAAGCAGCUUACUUCCGAGGAUCGCUAUCAGCAGAGAUGAAGGACAAUGACAGCUCUCUCAAUGGGGCAAUGAUGGCUGUCGGUUCAUCACCGGCGGAUAUUGAGAAGUGGCUUGAUAAAGUUACUAAAGGAGACGUUGUAGUCGCAUGCGUCAACUCCCCUACCAGCAUUACUCUGUCUGGGGAUGCCACAGGUAUUGACGAAUUGGAACCCAUGUUGAAAGAUGCAGGAAUUUUUGCUAGAAAGCUCAAGGUAGACACGGCAUACCACUCUCCGCAUAUGCAGACCAUUGCAGGUCCAUACUUUGAAGUCAUUGCGGACAUUACUACUUUACCAGCAAGGAAUGGGUGCCAAAUGCACUCUAGCGUGCGAGGUGGCUACAUUGACCCGAAUGAACUCGGUGCCGCGAAUUGGGUCCGGAACUUGGUAUCGACUGUUCAAUUUGCUGAUGCUGUCCACGAUCUUCUGCGGCCGUUAGUCAACGGCGAGCGUGCAGUACAUAAUGCUGUGGACAUGCUAGUUGAAAUCGGACCGCAUUCGGCUUUGCAGGGCCCAGUAAAUCAAACCAUGAAGGCCCAUGGCAUCAGUGGUAUUACCUAUUGCACAAUGCUUUCACGUGGAAAGCAUGCCAUCAAUACAGUUCUAUCAUGUGCGGCCACUUUGUACGCAGAGGGCUUCCCGGUCGAUCUUCGCAGGGUCAACCAGGAUGAUAGGUUCGCGGUUGAACCAAUUCUCGACAUGCCUUCGUACCCUUGGAACCACUCAAUUCGAUACUGGGCCGAAUCUCGUGUGGGCAAGGAAUAUCGACAGCGAAAGCACCCCCGUACGCCUCUACUCGGUGCUCCUUGUCCGUCUAUGGGCGUGGGUGAUAAGCUCUGGAGAGGUUUUAUUCGGCCUAGCGAGGAGCCGUGGGUACGCGACCAUGUUAUUCAAGGCUCCGUUUUAUAUCCAGCUGCCGGAUUCCUGGCAAUGGCCAUUGAAGCUGCAAGACAAGAGGCUGAACCGGGAAAGCCAAUUGAAGGAUACAGGCUCCGUGAUGUCCAGAUUAACGCGGCCCUGGUUAUUGAAGAUAAUGUCGAAUCAGAAGUGAUAUUGAGGUUGCAGCCACACAAAAUAGGCACCCUGGAUGCGGGUUCCGUAUCCUGGCAGGAAUUCACUGUUUCUUCUUCAACGGAUGGAACUGAUUUACGAGAAAACUGUUCAGGGUUGCUUGCAAUCGAUUAUAAGCCCACCGAGGGAUCUUCUAUGCACAUAGAGAAAAUCAAGGAGGUUGAGAUGAUCAAAGGACAAUUGGCCAAGGCCAAGGAAAAAUGCAAAGCUGCUAUCAACGUUGAUGAAUUUUAUGCUCAUCUCGAUACUGUUGGCCUAACAUAUGGCAAAACAUUUGCUAACCUGACCGAGGCUCACACCAAUGCAGCGACAGGAGAAUGUACAGGUCGUUUGGUCAUACCUGACGUUGAGUCGACUAUCCCGCCGCAUAUGCGAGAACGGCCACACGUCAUACAUCCAACUGCCCUAGAUGCCAUUUUUCACUUGGCAUUUGCUGCAAUCAGCGAACAUUCACGCUCACUGAAGAGUGCCAUGGUUCCUAUUUCGAUAGCAGAGGUUGUGAUUUCAAACGAAGUGCCUCACAGAAAUGGUUCUCAACUCGAAGGAUUCGCUCAGUCGUCCCGUUUUGGAUUCCGAGAGUUGGUCACUGAUAUCAACAUUUUUGACCAGCAACUCACAGACGCUGUUGUGAAGAUCAAUGGAUUUAGGUGCGCAGAUGUGUCUGGUUCAAGCCAAAGUGCAGACAGUGCCGAGGGAGAGGUGGCCAAACCGAUUGCGUUUAAGGAAAUUCAUCGACCUGCUCUCGAACUUCUUAACUAUGAAGAGCUUAAAAGAGCUGUCAAUGUGGAUGCGGGAGAGAUUGCUAAUGGAGCCUUUGAAAAUAAUAUCUCUCUCGAAAAAUCCGCCCUCGCAAUUGUUAAGCAGACAUUGUCCAAUGUUCCACGGUCAUCAGUUCACAAAGAGGCACUCGGUUUCUACGAUUGGAUGCAAAGUCAAGUUACCUCAGCGGAUACAGUAUUGGUGUCAGAUCAAGCAGACAAUACAGGUCAUCUAAAUCUGUCUGAAGGGGAUCUAGAAGGUAUACUAUCUGGUGGAAGAAUUAUUACACAAGCCACCGACGAGCAUGCGAUUCUCAUGCCUGUUCUCACCACCUCUGCGAGCUUCCAACAAUAUCUACUUAUUCUACAUCACACAUAUCCCGAGCUAUCGGUUCUUGAAAUCGUUCACUCGACGGAAAAUUCGACUACUGGAUCCCUUUUACCGCAGUUGCAAGCUGCUAAAGAUAUUUUUGACACCAGUAAAUACACUGUUCUUGUGGAAAAUGAGGAGGCUGCCAAGACUGUAGAAAACCAGCUAGAUACUCUAGCGGAUCUUGUAUCCUUCCAAGUAAAGGGCACAGAUAACGACACAAAAGACAGCGAACGCAAAUUUGACCUUGUUCUUGUGGUCAACAUUGCUCACCAAGACCCCGAUUUACUUCUCCGCGAAGCGAAAGCAUCUCUUAAAGAGGCUGGCCGCGUGUGUAUUAUCGAAAUAGGCGCACCUCUCUUAAGUCUUGGAAUAGGGCUGGCCGCUUUACAGGCGACUCGGAGUCAACACACGGAUGAAUAUCACUUGAAUCGUGCCGGGUUUACGAAAGAGCUUCUGCUCGGGGACGAUGGCAAAUUCCCAGGACCAAAUAACGAAUUCCGGCUCAUAGCCGGAAAUGCAUCCAAACAAUCAGCAGUUACUAUCCCGGGCGAAAUCGUCAUUGUUCAAGCUUCAAACCCAUCAGAGCCUGCUCAGAAGGUGGCCACUGCCCUUUCUGAGGAGCUUGAGAAACUGUCUGUGCGCGUCCUUAGUGUUAAUUGGACCUCACCUGAAUACGUCUCGAGCAUCGAAGGCAAGGAAUGUAUUGUCUUGGCUGAUCUUGAGAAGUCACAUCUGCUUGAAGCAUCUCAGGAGGAGUUCCAAAUCAUACAACAAACCAUCCUGAAGGCUGGAGGAAUUCUUUGGGUCAGUGGCUCCAUCGGCCCAGACGCAGCACUGGUCACUGGAUUGGCUCGCACAAUUCGUAACGAGAUACCUGGCAGCAAAUUGCGAGUUCUUCAGACAAACGAGCUAUCGUUACUUGCACCGACCACAUGGUCGCACCACAUUUUGCGAUUGUUACAAUCACCAACGCCCGACAGUGAGUUCACCAUCAAGGAUGGUUUUCUCCAAACCAGUCGCGUGAUCGAAUACCACACUCGCAACGAGACUUUGGCGGUUUCUCUUGGCCGACAGGAGCCCAAGGUGGUACAUAUGCCCCUCGGCCAAGCUUUAAGCCCAGUAAAACUAUGUAUCAAGAACCCUGGGAUGCUCGAUUCACUAUAUUUUGAACCGGAUGACAUCCCUAGUAGUGCUCUGCCUUCUGGACAAGUGGAAAUUGACGUGAAAGCAUCUGGUAUUAACUUUCGCGAUGUCAUGGUUUGUAUGGGCCAGAUUCCAGAUAGUUUGCUAGGCUUCGAGGCAGCAGGCAUAGUUCGUCGAGUUGGUGAGAGUGUUCAAGACAUCAAAGCAGGCGAUCGAGUGUGUUUUAUCGCACACGGAUCUCAUCGGACCGUCCAUCGCGUGAGAAGCGAGUAUGUUGUGCGCAUUCCAGAAGGAAUGUCCUUCACAGAAGCAUCUGGCGUGCUUCUUGUUCAUGGAACAGCCUGGUACGGUCUGGUCAAGAUUGCCCAAAUCAAAUCAGGACAAACAGUCCUUAUCCAUGCCGCCGCGGGUGGCGUCGGACAAGCAGCCGUGAUGCUCGCCCGGCAUUUUGGCCUCGAGAUCUUUGCAACAGUUGGCUCCGAUGACAAAAAGCAACUCAUACAGGACCUUUAUAAGAUCCCAGAAGAUCACAUUUUCAACUCUCGAGACCUGAGCUUCGUUAAAGGAGUGCUGCGCAUGACAAAUGGUCGUGGCGUGGAUGUUAUUCUCAAUUCUCUAUCUGGCGAGACUCUCCGCCAAACCUGGCACUGCAUCGCUCCAUUUGGAACAUUCAUCGAAAUUGGUAUUAAAGAUAUCCUCGGUAACACCCGACUAGACAUGCGCCCUUUCCUUCAGGAUGCCCGAUUCGCCUUUUUCAACUUGAACCGUGUCGAGAAAGAGCGUCCAGACUUGAUGAGCGAGGCAUUGAAUGAAAGCAUGGCUUUUAUCAGCUCGGGUGCUACACAACCUGUUUCACCCCUGAUGAACUUCCCAGUGUCGCAGGUGGAAGAUGCCUUCCGUCUCAUGCAGACGGGUAAGCAUCGGGGAAAAUUAUCCUUGACAUACUCAUCUUCUGAUGUAGUACCCAUUCAGAGCCGGUCUACUGGCUCUAUUCGCCUGGAUGAAUCUGGUGCCUAUCUCCUCGUUGGUGGUCUCGGUGGGCUAGGGCGUAGUCUCGCGCAGCUUUUCGUCCGACUCGGGUGUAAGAAGCUAUGUUUUCUUUCUCGAUCGGGAGGCGCAGGUGAAAAGGCACAGAAGCUCCUCAAGGACCUUCAGCAGCAAGGGGUCGAAACUCUUGCUCUUGGAUGUGAUGUGUCUGAUGUGCAGUCUGUCACGACGGCAAUACAUGAAUGUUCGACUCGCUUGGGAGCUGUCCGGGGUGUCGUACAAUGUGCAAUGGUCCUUCGAGAUGGCCUAUUCGAGAAGAUGAGCCACCAACAGUGGGUUGAGGGUACUCGGCCCAAGGUCCAAGGAUCUUGGAAUCUUCAUGCUAAUUUGCCGAACGUUGACUUCUUUAUUGUUCUAAGUUCCUUUGCUGGGAUUUUUGGAAGCCGAGGCCAAAGUAACUAUACUGCAGCGGGAGCGUAUGAGGAUGCGCUUGCCAGCCAUCGGCGAUCGCUGGGUCUCAAAGCUGUGACAGUCGACUUGGGUAUUAUGCGCGAUGUCGGUGUUCUUGCUGAGCAAGGAAUAACAGAUUAUCUGCGAGAGUGGGAAGAGCCAUGCGGUAUUCGAGAAGCCGAGUUCCACGCCCUUAUGGAAAAUAUUUUGCAUAGCGAAGUUCUUGGAGACCAGGAACUUCUGCCAGCACACGUUCCGACAGGCUUUGCUACCGCAAGGACAGUUCAAAAAUUUGGUAUCAGCACGCCAUUUUACUUUGACGAUCCCCGGUUUUCAAUCCUCGCCGUCGCCGGCGCUAAUAACACAGGAGUCGGUGACAGCGCCGAUUCCAACAAGGCCGUCUCGAUACAAAAUCAAGUUGCCCAAUCUACGUCUGUCUCAGAGGCAGCGUCAGCUGUUACUAAUGCUCUUGUUGCACGUGUGGCUAAAUCGCUUCAAAGCGCCUUGUCCGACAUCGAUCCAUCCCGGCCGUUGCAUGCGUUUGGCGUGGACUCCCUGGUCGCCGUCGAGGUGGUGAACUGGGUAUUCAAAGAAAUAAAGGCCAAAGUUACUGUGUUUGAUAUUCUUUCUAGUAUUCCUAUUACAUCCCUUGCCGAGAAGAUUGCGCUGAAGUCUAGCCUUCUUCCGCAAUUGACAUGA